GCAAACAACGAUAUAGCAUCGUUAACUUACAGGCAUUUAAACGGAUUAUACAGGAUAAAUAAGAAAUAUAUAUAUUUUUUUAAACAAGCUAAAGAUACACCUAAUAACAUAAUCAACCAUGGAGUGCUUAUUAUCUGAAGAGGCCAAGGAGCAAAAACGUAUUAAUCAGGAAAUUGAAAAACAGUUGCGUCGCGAUAAAAGAGAUGCGCGUCGUGAACUUAAAUUGCUGCUAUUGGGUACUGGCGAGUCUGGCAAAUCUACUUUCAUCAAACAAAUGCGCAUUAUUCACGGCAGUGGUUAUUCGGACGAUGACAAACGUGGCUAUAUCAAGCUCGUCUUUCAAAACAUAUUUAUGGCCAUGCAGUCGAUGAUUAAAGCCAUGGAUAUGCUUAAAAUUGAGUAUGGUGCUCCGGAAGUUAGAGAAGCUGGUGAACUCAUUAUGAGUAUUGAUUAUGAGUCUGUUUCCACAUUGGAGGAUCCUUACUUAAGUGGCAUCAAAAAUCUUUGGGCUGAUGCUGGCAUACAGGAAUGCUACGAUCGUCGAAGAGAAUAUCAAUUGACAGAUUCAGCUAAAUAUUACCUUAGCGACAUGGAGCGCAUUGAGCAGGCGGACUAUUUGCCCACUGAGCAGGACAUUUUGCGUGCUCGUGUGCCCACAACUGGCAUACUCGAGUAUCCAUUUGACUUGGAUGGCAUUGUAUUCAGAAUGGUGGACGUGGGCGGUCAGCGCUCGGAGAGACGAAAAUGGAUUCAUUGUUUUGAGAAUGUCACAUCGAUUAUAUUCUUGGUGGCGCUAUCUGAAUACGAUCAGAUCUUGUUUGAAUCUGACAAUGAGAACCGCAUGGAGGAAUCGAAAGCCUUAUUCUGUACCAUUAUUACAUAUCCUUGGUUCCAGAAUUCAUCAAUUAUUCUUUUCUUGAAUAAGAAGGAUUUACUAGAGGAGAAAAUUAUGAUUUCGCAUAUGGUCGAUUAUUUUCCAGAAUUUGAUGGUCCCAAGCAAGAUCAUGCUGCUGCCAAACAAUUUGUUUUAAAGAAAUAUCUUGCCUGUAAUCCUGAUCCAGAAAGACAGUGCUAUUCGCAUUUCACAACAGCCACAGAUACUGAAAACAUUAAGCUUGUGUUCUGCGCUGUCAAAGAUACAAUUAUGCAAAAUGCACUUAAGGAAUUCAAUUUGGGUUAGAUGCGCACGCUUUUUAUGAUAACACUUCAGAUGCAGUUAGUUGAAUUGCCAGUCUAUGAUCUAUGUACUAUAUGUAAUACAAUUGAAAUAAAACUUAAACGUUAUUCAGUAA